AUGGAGGAAGCAAGUCUGUUCUGUGCGAUUAUCGGGGUAGAGCGUGUGUUUCUUGUCGACAUUCUUCAGAGCAAAACAGUAGGUCACUUGAAGAUCGCGAUCAAGAAGCAGAAGACAGGCGUCUUGGGCGAUGUUGAUGCCGACAGGCUACAAUUGUUUCUGGCCUGGAACAACAGCAAGUGGCUUACUACUGAUUCUUUCGAUGUGGAGCAGCUAAGGCAGGGAAGGACGACGGAAAUUGUCGACGCUCUAACGCAAAAAAAAAAGGAGCUCAUUGAGUCGGCCGUUCUUGACAAAGUGCUCGGGGACAAGGGUCCUUUAACACCCGACCAAUUCCACGUGCUUGUGACAAUCGCUCCACUAACCAAACUCAAACGACAAAGGGAGGAAGACUAUGAAGAUCUGAACACUAAGCGGCUGAACUUUAGGGAACCAACACUUACGGAGCUGCUGGAGAACUGCAACGUGACUGGUUCGUUGCCGCCCACCGGCGAUUUUUUGAAGAUGUUCGAGUGGAGCAAUCACGAUUGCGGGAAAGUGAAAGACAUUAAAGCGAUUGGAGACAUUGUAGGCUUUACGGGUCGUCGGUUUUAUGUGAGAAAAGAGAUUCUGUGUGUGUUGGAGAACUUCAAGGACUUUCUCCAAGAUAAGCUCGCUACGAGUGCGAAAGUAAAUCUCGACAAUAGUGAGCAGAAGCAGUUCAUCUUCACUGGUAGCCCAGGAACUGGUAAGAGCACCAUCUUGGCGUUGAUUUGCUUCUACUUGGGAAUUGUGAAGAAAUUGCCGGUUGUGUGGUAUCGUUGUAUCGAUGGGGGAGGCGUAAAACCAGUUACGACUUUGCUUUACGAAGGCAAGUAUUACCGGUGGAUUGAAGAACUUGGCGGCAAUGGCAAGAUGUACGAGUAUUUCUGCAAGCCAGGCCUUGGAAUCAACAAGGACAGUUGCUGGUUUUGUCUCGACGGUUUGAAUCAGGACGAAAUUAAGCGGAGAGGCUACCAGAAUUACUUUACGCUAUUAGCAACCUCUGCACAAUUUAACCCGAAUGGAGAAGGCGGAAAUAGCCAGGUGACCUGUUUGUUGCCCUACUGGAAGCAAGCUGACUUGGAAUUCGUGGCCGGUGCGCUUGGGAUUAAAGACGAGAGCGAUGUCGCCAAAAAGUAUUUUGUGUCCGGUGGGAGUAUUCGCGAUUUCUUGCUGCCGGUACGACAAGCUGAGAUUGGUCUAGCAAGAGCUUUGAGUCGUCUUACUAGUGAGAGCGCCAACGUGCUCCUAGGAGUGGAUGGGUGUACUUCGGACAAGCAAAUUGACCGCAUUCGAAUAAUGGGAGUGUUGGAUGUUGCGGACGUGUCGCAGUAUACGCUUUCAACCUCCUGGAGACCAUGCGUCAGCUCGAUAAUGGCGCUAAAUCACUUGAGUGGUAUGGUCCAACCUGGGUUUUUUGAAAAGCUGGCCGUGGUUGCUAAAUCGCUGGAUGAUCCUCGCCUUCAAGGCGUUGCGCUUGAACAGUUUUUCCACGCACUGGUUCGACGCCAAGAUUUCGUCCAGAUAUCAUAUAUGAAGUAUGACAACGUGCAUCGGACGUCUAAAGUGGACUAUCAAGGCAUCAUGAAGCAAGAAAUGGGUACGAUGUCAUUCGGGCGGUCCAUUGAUUUACUUGAUUCAAAUAAGCCGCUGUACGUCAAACGCGAAGGAAAAACGAUGGACGAUUACGAAUCGGUGAUGAAGCGGUGGGCUGCAAACCCUUGCGAGAUGGACUACUGGGUUCCCGCGUCUAGCAUGUGUGAGACGAUUGACGCAGUUGCUAAGUGGGAGCUAGUGAAUGGCCAAGAAAGUGUGGAGCAUUUUUGCCUCGUGCAGCUGACGAAGGCCAUUCGGCACGUGUGUAAAGAAGAUGUUCUCUGGAAGUUGGCGCAGCCAUUUUUGGAUGCGAAGAAAAAAGUGUGCUAUGUUGCACUGCUGUUUGACGAUGACGGUGUUGGCGAGAGAGCGAUGGAGAAAAUAUGGAAGUUUCGAUUGGAUCCAGUGAUGAUAAAUACUGUUGACGGGCAGAAUCACAUCCCGCUAUAUGUCGCGACAUACCAGCGGCAUGACGUCCAAGCUGCAUGA